GCACCAGCGCGGUCUCGUGGGGACUCAUUGUGUCGCGCCCACGGGCUCAAGUUAAAAUCGAUAGACUAUACUAUGUUAGGAAUUAGGCCAGUUAACCGUGGGAUUAGACAAAUUAACUAUUUCCCUUAUGGAACUAGUCUCGGACCGAGAGUUCAAGUCAACUGUGAGUAUCGUCUGAGCUCAAAUAAGCCUUGGAUGGUACUUAAAUACUUCGGUCAUCGGCUCCCAAACCGAGACAGAAUCAACUUAUUCACUGCCUGAAGAUUAACCACAUUUACCAUAAAAGGAAUAACAAUAGUGAAGUGUUUCCUUUCAUGAAAUAAUAACUAAUUGUUCUUUACUGAAUUAAAAUUAAAGAACAAGGAUAAUUUAACCGAUGGAAACAGAGAGGAAAGCCACGCCAUCUGGCGAGAGAAAUCCAAAUAUCGCUUCAGACCCACGUGGUUGGUUUUCUCUCACUCCACCACCGGCCUUCACAAAGUAAAGACCAAGGCACCGCAGCCCACCCAUUAACUCGGACGCAGUGUGCCUUCUAUUACCUGACUGAGGGAUACUACACCCGGCAACGAGACUUCAGAGACAACAAUAUCUUUUGAAACCCGCUUCUCAGCUAAGUGCCCCCAGCAGUUAUUUGAGACAGAUAGAUUUUUACUACACGGAUCCGGUAGGAUUAUUAUUUGUUCGGCUGUCUGGAGGUGCUUGUUGGAUACCUUCACCACCUAAUAGCUGGUAAGAACUUGUUUCUUUAGGAUUGUCUGACGGGUGUGUUAUUCACUUUGCGAGUGACCUAACUGUUGGGUAGGGUAAAUUUACUGAUUCCCAACAACUUCUACUAAUGCUAUAACUUCUACUUAUAAUACUGCUAAUACUUCAACUAAUACAGCCACUCUCACAGGCACAUAGACGCUGUGGACCCGUCGGAGGGCAUGAUGAAGCUGCGGGAGACUGGCAUCUAUACCAACGACUUCCUGGAGUUUAUCGGCAGCGGACACUCCACCGUGCCCAAAGACACAUACGACCUGGUGGUCAUCUCGGGCGGUAUGGGCGAAGGUCACAUCCCACUCAGUGGCCUCGACGACCUGGUGCGCGUCGCAAAGAACGGAGGCUUCGUGAUCAUCAUGAUGCGCCAUGAGUACCUACAGACCGUGCCUUCCUACAAGGACAAGCUGGAGCCUUACAUGGACCAGCUGGAGUCGGACGGGAAGUGGAAGAAGGUGGAGCGGCGCACCGUCCCAAACUAUUUCUGUGACAAGGAGGGUCUCGUCUUCGUCUUCCGCAUCACUAAGCCUGAGUGAGGAGGAAGAGGAGGGAAGGGAAAGGAGAGAGAUGAGGAGGAGUUAUAGUGGUGCUGUGCCAAGGCCGUCUCUGUGUAACAGCCUUGGCUUUCGUCGCGACACCCGAGACUGAGGUGUGA